GAAAGGCAAAGUCGACCUCGGCGGAAUUUGAACUCACAACGUAGCGGUAGCCGAAAUACCGCUAAGCAUUUCGCCCAGCGUUCUAACAAAUUAUUAGUCGUAAUCACAGACUCUCUCUUUAACCCAUAAAAUAUUAUUUAUACUUUCACUACACAUGUGGAGUCUUCGAAUGUUCUUAGUUGUGUUGUUUCUUCUAUAAAACACACAACAAACCGCACUAUGAGUAAAAACGUUACAAUCCCAUCUGAGAACAAGCAAGGUGAUUGCCCUGGAGUGCUGACUGGAGAUCCAGCAAAGACAAAACGGGGCCUCAUUGUUCUCCAAGAAUGGUGGGGAAUGAACCAACAAAUUCAAGAUGAAGCUGCUGACUUAGCUUCAAGAGGGCCAUUUGUUACCCUAGUUCCUGACCUGUAUCGUGGUAAGCUGGCAACUGAUAAUGAGGAAGCUGGUCAUCUGAUGAACAACCUUGACUGGGAAGGUGCCAUUCAAGAUAUUCAGGGAUGUGCCAAGUACUUACUUAAUUUAGGAUGUAAGAAGAUUGGUGUCACUGGGUUUUGCAUGGGUGGAGCCCUGGCCUUUGCUUCUGCUGUCCGUGUACCAGAAAUCAACGCUUCUGCACCCUUUUAUGGAAUUCCUGGUGAAGCUAUUGCAGAUGUAACGAAGAUCAAGAUUCCUCUGCAGUGCCAUUUUGGUAAAAACGACAACGUGGUUGGUUUCUCAUCUCCAGUCGAACAGGAGGCUGUCCGCAAGAAGCUAGAUAAUGCUAAAGUAAAACAUGAAUUCCAUGUUUAUGAUGCUGGGCAUGCGUUUACCAAUACUACAUCGCCAGGAUUUCACAAGGAAUCAUGUGACCUUGCCCUUGGUCGUUUAAUUAAAUUUAUGAAUGAGAACUUACAAGCAUGAAAUGUGCAUUAUAUACAAUAACAUAUACACAGGUAUUUUAUACAAAAGUCUGAAAUUAAAUUCGCUCAUCAAAAGUUGAUAGUAUUAUUGGUCUUAAGAGUAUAAUACUUUUAUUUUCUUUAAAACUAGCAUGUAUAUUUUUUUAUUAUUAUUAUAGUUGAUAAUUCUUUAUGCAAAAUUCCAAAAUGUGUAGACCUUUGAAAUCCAAGAUUUUUCUUAAAUGUUAGACAAGAUACCACAAAAGGAAAAUUCCAGAGAGCACUUUGAAGGAUCCUUGAAAAUAAGCAUUUGUGAGCUCUGUAUCAAGUUGAACUGUUGGCCCUUGGGAAUAACAUUACCUGUUCUGGGCUGGGUAAAACAGUUAUAAGCAGAUUGCUCAGAUGCUUAAGAAAAGUACCCAAUA